AUGUCUACGAAGUUUCAAAUCUGUAUGGGUUUGUUAGUAUUGUUUGCAUCACUCCGAUUUCGUCUGAUGGAUAGAGCUGGGUUCCUCAUUGAAGGAUCCUACUUUCAACAUGCCGAAUUACUACUGAAUGCGUUUACUGGUAUCUGCUGGACUAGUGCUAAUCUGACUGGAUUGGCUAUUCAUUUGUCGAUUUUGAUGAUGUUUGUCCAGGUCACCAGCAUAUUUCUCUCAGUUUUCAGUAUGAAUGCAUUAGUCUACUAUGGGACUUUCCGUGUCAAGUACUUCCUCGAGGAUCAUGAAAAAUGGUCAUUCGAGAGACUGGUUCAAGCAGAAGCAUAUUUGGAUAUAAUGAUUGGAAUGAUGGCUAUUAAAGCUCUGGAAGAGAUAGAACGGGAUUACAUGGAGGCAAAAGCAGAGUUAGCAGGACAGAAACAUAAUGAAAAGAAGAUUAACGGAGAGGAAGACGAGAAAGUGACGGAAGAGAGUUCAGAAUAA